AUGCGCGCGACGGUGGUCCGGUGGCAGGCAGUGCGGCCACGUGUUGCCAGGGCCCCCGGUGGUUCGCCUUUAAGCGCGACGCCCGCCGCUAGCGGGGCGCCACCGCCGCCGCCGCCGCCGCCGCCGCCGCCGCCACUGCCACGGACUUGGGCCGCUCUUGCGCUACGCCGGUCAAUCAAGCGGGCGGUGGCGCCGGCCUGGGCGCGCCGCCGCCUGCGCGCAACAGCGGGCCAAGUGCGCGCCGGGAUCCGCUGCGCCCCCGCUCGCCCCCGCCCGCCCCUGCCGCCGCCUCGCAGGCGCGGCGUUCCCACUGUGCCGCAACAAGUCAGCGCGCGCGACACCCCGCCAGCCGGGCGCAGUACUGGUGUCGCGAGGCGUCAGACGCAGCCGUACCGCGCCGACACAGAUGAGCCGCGAAGCGGAAGCCUGAAAAGUGCGGCCCGUCCGUCAGCGGGCGGCGCGCCGGCGUGGUCAGCCGGUGGCGACCGCUGCGGCGUGUCAGCGGCACGUCAGCCGCAGCGGCAGAGACUGCGACAGCCCCCAGCUGACAACUCGCUGACGGCCGCCGCCGGUGCAAAUGACGAACUGUCUAUCGCAUCACCGCCACCGCCACGCCCAAGGAACAAAAAGAAACCGGCGGCGGUAACGGAAGGGCUCCCUCAACAGCGCUCGCCCUCUUUCCUCCGUCCUACUCGGCUCUCCGCUUCCUUUCACUUGAAGACAAAAUCAAUUUCAGUGACGGCGGCCGCUGCAGUCUCCAUGGCAACGGCGGCGGCGGCGGCGGCGGCGGUGCCCUCUGGAAACAAACGCGCAGCGCCCCCGCGGCUGCGUCUCAGACAACUGACAGUCUCCGCCCCUGUACCAGACCGCUCUGGGGAAACGAUUCCUUGA